AGUAUAAAGCAGAGUGACUAGUUUGAUGAUAUAGAUCAGGACCAGAACACCUGUGAGUAAAAAAAACCAGAAAGAGCACACUGUAACCGAGAGGCAGCAAAGAUGGAGGACAAAGAGAUGUCACGAAUUUCGAGUUCGCUCCUGUCGACGCGCGAGAACGGUCUUCUCUUCAGUUUACUAAGCCAUGACUGUAGUGUUUUAGCAUGUGGUAUUGUCCAGCUGGUAAUGGCAGUCCCUCGGAAAAAUGAGUGGAAAAGUCACAGUUUUGGAGUUUUAUGUCUGACGCAAGAUAAAUCUGUACAUUCAACAUUCAUGAGACUCUACUGUCUUAAGAAAGCCAAGUUGCAAUGGGAACAGGAGCUGUAUACACCAUUUGAGUACUCAGAAACUUGCCCUUAUUUCCACACCUUCCCUGGUGAUGAGUGUCAGAUAGGAAUAAACUUUGCAGAUGAAGAUGAAGCCAAGCAGUUCUACAUUGCUGUGCAGAAACAGAUCAGCGACAACAAAGCAUCUCACUCGGGACUUACACGCAGAUACAGUGUGGGGGGUGUUUCUGACUGGAAAGAAAAACUUAACAAUUGUCUUAAAGGAAAUGAAGUGCACAAGAGUUUUUCCCUUAGAAGUUCAUCUAGAGUUCCACACCGUCUUGAUUCAAAUGCAGCAUUUCCAGAGAGCAGACCAACAGUUGCUAGCACAAUGUCCAGCCAAUCACAUGACUUAUCACAGACUCUCUCCGGUGUUAAUGAAGAGUCUAUGUCGCUCGCCCAGAGGAAAGGGCCCCUCCCACCUAUUCCCAUUCAUGCCAGAAUAGCCACCUUGAAGUUUAAUCCCAAUGCUAGCAUACAAAACUUUGACUCCACUAUUCCCAAACCACCAUUGGUGCCACCCCCUCCAUCUUACCAGGCCCCUGCAGCCCCUCCAAGUUCAGCUAUUAAAGAUCCCUACUCUGCUGGAAUGAAGCAAAAUGUUCAUUAUAAUGCUAGGAUCGAGGAUGAAUCUGGCUAUGAUGACUACCUUUAAAACUUCCAUACUUUUCAUCAGAUGGGACUUUAUGACUGAGGUUCAUUGAUGUGGUCAUGUUACCCCACACAACACUUCCACAUGGAAAAUAUGUUUCUUUAUUAACUAAAUCAUAGUAAUUUCUACAGAACAACUAUAGACUUUUU